AUGGCGAGAGUCGUCAGCCUCAGAGCCCGGGCAUGCAUGCAUACAUGCAUGGUCCCCCAGCUGGCCGGCAAGAGCCGCCAGAACAUAUCUUCAAGGCAUUGGCGGCAGGGUCAUAACCAGAGAAGCCCGUUCUGGUCCCAGCGCGGCGACGAGGGCGAAGAUCGGACAUAUGCUGCCCGGCCCCACCUAGAGCAACGGCAGCAACAUCGACGACCUUCUUCUCCACCAUCUCCCAUGCACUAUGAACCUCACCCUGUCUCAUCAUCCCAGUCUCGGUCUGGCUACUCUCCACAAGACCCGAGCAUUCGCAAGCGACGUCUCACCGACGAGAUCUACCUCGUCUUCCUCUGCAAGUCGAUCGCCGCCUCUCCUGGCCGGGUUCGACCGUCCUUUGCACCAGCACGCCGUCUACGAUCAACAUUCGGUGCCGUCGGCUCUUCACGAAGCCGAUUUCCGCGAUACCGAAGCGGGCAUCAUUGGGCCAGGUCGUGGACUAGUGUUUUCGGCGCUUUGCCCGGCGAUCUUGAUGGGGGCCACAAGCGCACGUCCGAGAGUGGCUCGCCUGUAUCGGGAUCUGCUUCGACAACGGCUGGAGAAGCUGGACAGGCGACAGGAUUGCACUCGCCUUCUCUCUCAUCUUCCAAUGCCCCGGCAGCAGAUGGAACGAAGGCACAGGAAGAACCAAAAACAGACACGAUGAUAGUCGUUCAGCCGUGCACCAAUUGCGUCCGCUCCGGCAUCAUCUGCUGCUAUUCCAAGCGGCAGCUGAAGAGGGGCCCAAGCAAAGGCUAUAUUAAAGAUCUUGAAAGGCGGUUGGACUCGUUGGAGAACCACCUCUCGGCAACUGCUACAACGGCCGCCCCUGCGACCAGCCAUACUGGAGGUCCCGAUAGCAGCGAGUCGAAUCAACAAGGGCAGAAACAAGCUCAACAGCACGAGAAACCGGAGGAGAGACUCAUCAGGCUGGAGAAUGCCCUGUCAGCGACGUCAAAGAAGCUGCAAGCGUCAGCAUCGCCAGAGGUCGAUCACGGCACUUCAUCGAGGAAUGACGGAGACGAGGAGCGAGAGCUUACGGAAGCGUACGAGAUCGACGAAGAAGAGGAGGACGACUUCAGCAAUGAGACGUCACUGGAGGCGAUGCCUUCAGGUCGGGUCGUGACAAAAGACGUCAGAGACGACUUCGCUAGAACCGACGUCGGCGCCUGCGUGCCUAUCGUAAUAUCGGGUUCCGGCGAGACUGCAGACCGUGCGCUGCUCCACGACGCCGUUGUGCUCGUUCUGAGCGGGUCGUCCCCGUCACCCGAACAUGCUCGAUCGCAAGCUGCGAAGCUCGAGAGAAUUAUUGGUCAGGCGAUCACUGGUUCAGCUCGAGCCACUCCUUCUGAACCAAUGCAGAGCGCGGUCGCCCUACGAAUGGGUUGCGAGAUGAACAAUACUCAGCGUGCAAAUGAGGCCGACGCCCUCAUGCUCUGCUACCUUGCGGGGCUCUGCCAAGGCCGUGCAGAUGGUGCAAUCCUUGCGGCUGCCGCUUCGAAGCUCGUUGUUCGGGACAAUAGUGAUCUCCGCCGUCGAACCAUUGCAGCUAUCUUAGAUUGUUGGCAUACCACCGCCUUCAAUGCUCCGCAGCAAGUCUCGAUGCCCAGUGCCAACCAUUCGAUCGAGAGCCUUGUCGCCACAAUAGGUCUCAACGAGACGUCGUCGAUGCCAGGCGCUGCAGCCGAAUUGCUUAGAUGCGCAUUCGUGAUCAGCCAGCUUCGCGAUAUGCUACAAUCAAAGCAAAGGUCAUGGGAAGACAUUUCCUCUGGCGAUGUCGAAGUCAUGUUCUCAAAUUUGGGGCCAGCCCACGUCGAAGAUCAGCCGAACAACGUCAGCAAGAGCACGGUUCUGAGGCCUCUGCUGAGAGAUGCUAUCCGCCUUUAUCAUCGGCUACAUCGCCAGCACUCGCUUUUUGCCGCUGGCGGUGCAGAUGGCGACGGAAACGCAUCCUUGGCUGCCUCUGUCGCUGGUCUUCUAUAUCUCGUUGAGGGCGUUUGCAGCAUCGGUUCAGAGGAUCCAAGUAUGGCCGACUCGAUGCAGACGCUGCUGCGCUGCUUCGCUGGACCCCACGUCCUUGCAAUCGCUUCCGUCGCCUUGGCCUUCAUCUCCAACUACCUGGCUUACUCCGUCGCCCAGGCAGUUUACCCGUCGGUGAGCGAAAGCGUGAGAUCGCGCAACCUCUCGACAUUAAAACACCCUCAGCGACGGACCCACGACCUGCUUCAACAUCUUGCCUCCAUCACCCUCUCUGCGGGCAGAGAAGAUACUGGCCCCUUUAAUUUUCUCUACUUGCGACUGACUGCCUUCAUUCGCUCGACUAUCGACAACAUCGUAGAGUUGGGCGAUUUGACGAGCGUACGUACAGCCGAGGAUCUCCCGAAGAGCAGCCCAGCAAGAAGAGGCUCAUUCGAACAGAUGGAGUCCGAGGCUCUUGACUUUGCCAGGUCCAUCGAGGAGUUGGGGCCGUUAGGACUGGUGCUGUGCGCCACUUCAGAACAAGAGGCUUGGGGGCUGUUGCGAAACCGCAGCCCUCGCUGA